AUGACUAAUAGAACCACCACGCUGGAGGUAUGUAAAUUAUACACUGUAGUUUAUUUCUUGUUAUUCGUUGCCAUAUUUUACUAUCUUACGUAGAUGAGUAAUUUAUAGUAACAAUUUGUCUCGAUUUUUUCCAUAAAGCAACACCAUACAUUAUAGGGUAGAUAUACUUAUGAAAUAUACACAUAGGCACAUUGCAAUGUAUGAAUGCGUAAUUUUAUGAGCUAUACAAUUUAUAAAGAGUCAUGGUUUGAAAUAAUCCAUAUAUUAUUCAAAAAAUAUGAAUAAUCUCUAUACUACGCAGGUUAAAGUAGCAACCCUAACGUAAGCAGAGCAGCCUAUGGUCAUUUAAUCGUGUGACUCAUUUCGGGACGUUUUUCCAUGCAGGCGGCCGUACGAGUUUAGUUUCCUUAUUCUAGUCUUUAUGAUUUAGACUAUCAACUAAUAGUUAUCAACUUGAAGUAACAACUUCAAGUUGAUAACUACAACAAAAAUCGAUAACUCACAAGUAUAGAAAUAAAAUGGACGUCACAGCUCACAAACUGGAACCAAUCAGAAUGGUUUUUGUAAAUCGACAAGAAUGUUUUAUCAUUGAGUAAACAGAGUAAUGGAUUUAUUUAUUGAUAUUUGUUGAACAAAUAUCAAUUUUAAUGAAGGAUUAGAAAAAUUGGGUUAUGAAUUAUGCAGUUAUAAGUAAUAACUAUUGCUUGUGACUAUUACCAACCAAAUAAAAAUUGAUAACAAAUAAUAAUGUUGUAAUACGAUACAAUCAUACUACAGUAAUUUUGACAUGUUUCACCUACUCUUGCACCAGUCCUGCACAAGUACGAUUAUCAGCAAAUUAUCAGUGAACUAUCCAGUGCGACCCGAGUCCACUAUAGUGAGUGAGUACACUAUGAAGUGUAAUCAUGUAAAAAACGCUAUACAUUUUUACCUAUGUUUUCCAAUAUCAGUUCCCGCUUAUUGAUACAUAAGUAGUAACUAGUAAUUACUUAAGAAAAAUGACAAAUAAUCUAUUUAAAAUUAAACAUUUUAAAGAGUUUAUUUUAAACAAAAAUUGUGAAUAUAUAUUAUUAUGUCAAUAUUAAAACUAACAGCACAAAGUUAACUCAUGUGAACACAAAUUUGUAAUGUCGUUCGUUUGUAAAAUUUAGCGUCUUAUUAAAACAUUACAAAUUACUUACCUUCAAUAUGGUCAUCCAAAUGGUCCCAAAUUAAUUUUAAUAAUAAUUGUUAUUAAUUGAAUUAUUAUUAUUAUCAUUUAUCUGUUCAUUUAUUUUUUCAAGGGGGAAAUGAGAUGGAAUGAAACUAGUGUAAAUAGUUUGCACCAUAUGCACAUGGGAGUUCUACCAAAAUGUGCGAGGAAAAAAUACCGGAAGAUAAAAAUGUCCGGAGGUAAAAUAAUAUAAUACCUAUAUAAUUAUAAAGUUUAUAAAUAAAAAUAAUAAAUUAAAUACAAUUUUAAAAAGUAAUAAUAAUAUUAAUAGGUAUAAUAAUCGUCUUAAAUGUAAUAAAAAUGACAAUGGUAAAUUUGAGUUAAAAAUAUAUUAUCUACUAUACUAUUCAAUUUAAUUUAGUUAAUUAAAAUUAAGAAUAUACAUUUCAAAAAUUGUUCAGACAACAAUAGUAAAUGGACGAGGAUAAACCUACCAUUGUUCUUCGUAGACUUAGUUCCACAAGGCAAUAAUAAAAAUAUAUACAAUCUGGAUAGUCUGUGUUAUCAUAAAAUUAAAAAGAAGCACUUGAAAGAGAAAAGAGGUGCCAUAGUAUAAAAACUGUCAAGCAUUUAGGCAUACUUAGAAUACAAAAAGGCAGAAUAAAGAGCACAUCCAAAAAAGGUAUCUGCAGUACAGCGAAUUCAACAGAAACCAGCAAAAACUGAUAUCCAUCUCAUAUGCACAACUGACUGGUUCUGUCACAAAUAACGCAACACCCAAAACGUCCAAGCAGCAACAACAACCUAGCGAAAAUGACUCUACGUUAGCGGAAAUCUUAUCUGCCUUAACUAACAUUACCAAAUCGUUAGUUAAUGUCACAUCUAGACUAGAUAGAUUAGAAUGUAGUCAAUUUAAGUCUAAUAAUAAAAGUCAGAAGAAAAAGAAAUAAACCGCACACUGCAAAUUGUAGGAUGAAACGCCAACGAGCUAGUACAGUGUAAAUUAAAACUUUAAAUAUCAACAUUGCCCUUAUACAACUUUACAACCGAGUGGUAGAGCACGUGGAGGUACAGCUGUAGUCAUAAGAUAAACUUUAAAACACUUCGAACUUGAAGAAUAUUCAGAACUGAACAUACAAGCCCACAAGUGUUUGUGUCAAAGAUGAAAAGAAUGAACUCACGGUUACAGCUAUUUAUUGUCCACCCCAAGGAGGUGCAGAUGAAACUAGAUUCAAUUCAUUUUUCCAAAUGCUAGGAGACAGGUUUAUUGCUGGUGAUGACUACAACGCCAAGCAUUCUCACUGGGGAUCAAGACUGAUUACUCCGAAAGGGCGUGCUCUGCUAAAAGUAGCUAACAGUAUAAACGAUGAUAUAAUUUCUACCAGAGAACCAACCUAUUGGCCAACCGAUUCUAGGAAAAUCCCCGAUCUGCUUCGUAAUUAAAGGUAUUUCCUCUAAUUAUGUUGAAGCUGAAGGAUUAAUAGAGCUAACGUCUGAUCACAUUCCUAUGUUAUUAUCGUUGAGUUCAAAUGUAAUUAUGAAAAAACGAAAACAUUUUCUAACAAACAAACAUACAAACUGGGACCUUUUUAGAAUUACUUUCGAAAAAUCUAUCUAUCUUGCUGUGCGGCUAAAAUCGUCAACUGACAUUGAAUUUUCGGUAAAAAAACUGACUGAUAAUAUUGUUAAAGCAGCAAAAACUUCAACACCCAAAGCACACAAAGGCAAUGACCGUCAGUUCACCUACCCGAAGGAAAUCAGAGACAUUGUUCAACAAAAGUGGCGAGCAAGACGAAUCUAG